CCUGUUGUUCCUCAUGUGUAUAAACCACCUGGCAGACCACCAAAGCAAAGAAAAAGAGAUCCUGAAGAGCCAAUGAACCCUUAUAGAGUUUCUAGGAUGAACAAGACAAUCAAGUGUGGGAAGUGCAAGAAAGAAAGACAUAAUGCAAGAGGGUGCAAGGCAGGCAUCAAUGGUGAAACUCCAUGGCAGAGAAGAGAUAGACUUGCUAAAUCAGCAGUUGCACAAGGCAGUAAAUCUACAAAAACAAAGCAGACUGCAACACCUCAAACUGCAUCUCAGCCACCAAGUACUAGAUCUCAGAGUGCAUACAGAGCUUUUGGUCAAACUGCAUCUCAAUCUGCACCAAACAAUAGAUCUGAGGCUGUAACUCAACCUCCAACUAGAUCUAAGGCUAACUGGUUCUCUUCAUCCUCACAACCAAGCUUCCAUACCCCUAGAGAGACAUGGGAUUCUUUACCAUCUCAGGCACCUCUGGCUUGUUCUAUUUUGUUUAUUUUUUUCCUCUUACUUGCUAUUGUUGGAUCAUCUUGCUAACUGUUGGAUUUUGGUUAUGCAGCCAAGUGCAUCUGUGAGCACUAGUCAAGGAGGUGGUGGUGGUGGUGCUGCUAGGGGGUUUAAAGGCAGAAAGUUUCAACCAGUUGGUGGAAAGGGCAAGAAUGCAGCUGGCAAGGGCAAGAAUGCAGCUGGCAAGGGCACCUAAAGUAGUAAAUGACAACUUGGAAGAUGUUAAAGUUUCAACAACUUUUUUGUUAUAGUUCACUUGUUUAAUGUAUAUGUCAAGUGUCAAAAACAAUAUUGGCAAUUUCGGUUGGAAAUGUGUAUGUCUGAGCACUAGUGGACUAGUUGGUGGGUUUUA